AUGGACAGCAAAAUACAGUCUGAAGAAAACUCGGAGUUGCGUCGCCGUCAGAGCCGUUCAAAACAGUCUGAAAAUCCGAAAUAUGAUGCCCAAAGAUUGGACAGAAGAAAGAAGACCUUUAGAAAGUUACAUGAUUUGAAGCUAGCUUUCAGUGAAUUUUAUCUAAGUCUUGUUUUACUGCAAAAUUAUCAAUCCCUUAAUUUCACUGGAUUCAGAAAAAUAUUGAAAAAGCAUGACAAGCUUCUCCGCCGGAACACAGGACUACUUUGGCGGCAACAGGUGGUUGAGUGUGCACACUUUAAUACUAGUAGGGAGGUUGAUGACCUUAUCACAGAGGUUGAGAAUAUAUUUACGGAGAAACUAGAACAAGGUGAUAGACAAAAAGCCAUGAAACGGCUGCGAGUGCCUCCACUUUCCGAAAAGUAUAAUCCACGUGGUUUAUUCCUUUUUGGUUUGUUUUUUGGAGUUUUUCUGGCUCAGUUUAUUGUUAUAUUGUUAACUUGUAUAUUUUUACGCCCAUUACCACCACAUUAUCUCCCAGCUUUAAGAUUAUUUCGUGGGACAUUUCUCCUUAUAUUCUUUCUUUGUUUAUUUGGUGUAAAUACAUAUGGAUGGCGUUCAUCUGGUGUAAAUAAUGUCCUUAUUUUUGAAUUGGAUCCAAGAACACAUUUAGAUCAUUUUCAAUUAUUACAGAUUUCAUUCUUCUUUGCUAUGAUUUGGGGGUGUGCGCUGAUUUAUUUCUUAUUUAGUGAAGCACUACAUUCACCUGGAUAUGCAUCACCAUUGGUACUUGUUUCAUUCAUGACACUUUACUUAGUCAAUCCGUUUAGUUUUGCUCAUUCCAAAGCACGUCGUUGGUUAUUACGUGUAUUAGGACGAAUUAUCAGAGCACCAUUUGCAAAAGUUUCUUUCGCAGAUUUUUGGCUAGCGGAUCAACUAACUAGUUUAAGUUUCAUAUUUCCAGAUAUAGCUUAUUUUAUUUGUUUUUAUUCAUCACAAAUUGAUUGGGCUAAUGGAAUGAGUUACAAACCACAAAAUUCUUCUUCUUUGACAUUACCUUCACUAGUUAUGGGACAUAAUAGUCAAUAUUCUAAUUCAACACGUUUAACAAUUCCUUCUUGUGCUUCUCAUUCAAAUGAAAUUAUAGCUAACAGCUGUCAAUGUGAAGGUAUUCUUUUCGGUUUGGAUCCAAUUUUAAAGGUGUUACCGUCUUGGUUUCGAUUUGCCCAGUGUUUGAGGCGUUAUCGAGACAUGGAUGUUAAAAAAGCCAAUCCUCAUUUAUUAAACGCAGGGAAAUAUUCUACAGCAUUUCUGGUAUCUACUUGUGGUGUCUGGCUGGCAUUCGAUCGAGGUACUUGGCCAUUGGUAGCUUAUAUUAUAUCUAGUAUUAUACGAUCUGGUUACACAUAUGCAUGGGAUAUUCUUAUGGAUUGGGGUUUAUUAGAUUGUCGGUCAGAAGAUAAACUAUUACGUGAUGAACUAGUCUACAGAUAUAGAGGUUAUUAUUUCUUUGCAAUAAUUGAAGAUUUUGUGCUCCGUUUAACAUGGAUCGCUCGUCUAAGUUUUGAACGUAUUGGAUUUGCACGGAUGGAAAUUAUCACAACAAUAUUUUUGACAACUGAAGUUAUUCGACGUUUUAUAUGGAAUUUCUUUCGUUUGGAGAAUGAACAUUUGAAUAAUUGCGGUCAAUUUAGAGCUGUUCGUGAUAUAUUUAUUACACCUCUACCUAAACGGCCGCCAAGAACAUCAUCGUUAACAACAUUUGGAAAUUCUAAUUCUCAUAGUGUAUUUAGUUCGAAAUUGGCUCGACCAAAUGUUCACUCGAAAUAUUCAGGGAAACCGGUUGGAUAUUCUCCGGAUGAUGGCCGAAGAAGUGUACCUGAUUUUACACGAGAUAAAUCUUUUAAUUCACCACAUAAACCCAGUCAUUUCCAAGCAUCUGACUCAUUAAGAUCUAGAAGAACAUAUGACGUUAAGGAUACUGAGCACGAAAACUAUUUAACAGAAAUUAAAACCUCUAUGGAAGACAACGAUUUGUUUUCACAAGAGGAAAAACAGGAAAAUCCAUUUCAUCGAUUUUGGAGACAUAUGAGAUCGUUAGGAAAAAGUUCGUCUCAUUCGAAACAUAGUAAUCAUCAAUUUGACGCUAAUUACGAGUUGUCGACCAAUGAAAUCUCUCAUAACUCAAUCGAAAAUAAACCUACAUUUACCUUAUUUAUUGAUGAUGCAGAUGACAAUAAUCUUCCAAAUACAUCUAAUCAAAUGUCAGCUUCAUUUAAUUCCAGAGAGGAGCAUUCUUCAUUAGAGAAGCCAAAUGAAAUCUCACCAGUAAAAUCGAAUUCUAAUCAACCAAGUGCUUCUAAGUCUCAUCCUUAUAUAAGGGAAAGACGUGUUCUUAUACUGAAUCACCAGACAGAUAAUGAAUCUGGGGAACCUUAUGAAAAGUGCAGGCUUGAUCCGACUCAGGAGAUCAUAAAAGAUUAUUCAUCAUCUCCGGUAAAAAAAUUACCACCGAAAUCUAUUUUAACAUCAGAUCAAUGUAUAUUAAAUGUCGAUGACAAUGAGAAUAAAUCAAAUAAUCCAUGUGAUUCUGUAACUAAUUCUAAUCGUAAUGCAUUUGAACAAUUUUUGAAAAUACAUGAUAAUUUAUCAUCUAUCAGUGAAUUAGGUCAUUCAAAUACAUCAGUAUCUCAUAUUAAUCAAGGUUUUGUUGGAUCUAAUCAACCAGAUAAUGAAUUACCUAAUACACUUAAUAAUAAUAAUAAUACUGUAAUUAAUGAUUGUCAAAUAAUAAUAAGGGGUCCAUCACAUAUGGGAAUCGUUCAACAUGAAAAUGAGUCACAGUAUACUAUUCCUAUUACGUUGGUUUCUAACAGUGAAUCUAAUCAAAAUUUAUCAACUACUACACAACUAAUGGAUGUUCAUAAAGGAUACACACAGCAGAAUAGCAUAAUAAUAUUGAUGUGUAUAAACAACUGA